UCAACGACCGAUCGACGGGAAGUAGAACUUUGGAAAGAAAACGUCAGGCAUGGCAAGAAAUUACUUUGAAGUUCAACGCCAUGUAUCCAGACCAACCUCCACGGUCAUCAAAGCAGGUCAAGCGCUAUUUCGACCACGUAAAACGCAAAGUGAAGCAGGAAGAUGCUGCUGUCAAGAAAAAGCUAUGCAGAACUGGUGGUGGUCCUCCACCAGAUCUUCGAAACCAUUCAGAAGAGUUUGUGAUAGCCGCAUCGCUGAUGACAGAAGAAUUGAUCAUGGACAAAGAUGUUGAAACAUUUCAUCCAGUUGAUGAAAAAGGAGAGCCCAUACAUGAUGUUAAAAUAAGUAUUACGGAGCCACUGCCUUCAACCUCUGAUUUGCCUUCAAUCUCAUAGAGGAAGCACAUUCUUCAACCAAAAAAUUAAAGUUAGACAAUGCAUACAUCAAGUGUAGGGAAAGACAAGAGGAACUGCAUAAUCUCUGAAUAGAAAAUGAAAAGGAGCAACAUAUAAUGGCCAAAAAAGAGCAUGAACUAAAGGUGAAAUUAAUUAACAAUAUGAAUGAAUUUGUGGAUGAUAUGCACUCAUCAGCAAUGUCUGUUUGCUAACUUGAAUGCUUUUCUUAACAGUGCAAAAUCUGCUUAUGAAGCAAUGAAUAAACUAAGUAUUGGUUGUUGGUUGGUUUAUGGAAUUUAGCCUUAUUGCUAGGGUUACAGUAGGUGUUAUUUCCAUAGACCACUUUGUUUUUGCUUUUAGGAGAGAAAAGUGGCUCCACUGAUAGGCGUGUUUGUUAAAUGAAGGUUUCAUCAUAAGGUCAGCCUUCACUUAAUCUUAUCAUUUCUUUAAAGCUGAAUAGCCAUAGUUGCCCCAUUGCUUGGCAUUAUGCCUAAAUUCCAUAAACCAAACCAACCCCAUUUCAUAUUUUUCUAUGCUGUGAUGUAGUGUUAGUAUAUAUUUUAUUUUGUACCUAUGGUAUAUGA